AUGUCAUCACACACUCAGCGUGUCAGCAGAAAAAAAGAAGAUGCAAUCGGUUUUGCUGGUUCAGUUUUCUCUGUGGCACCACUUCAAUAUUUUAAGUUUCCCAAAUUACCAAAAUGUAAUUAUAUUUAUAAUAAUGCAACAGAAAUAAUAAGAUAUGAAGUUUUUAAGCCAAAUACUAUAGAAUAUGUAUCAAAUGCUCAUUUUUGUAAAAAAAUAGUUUCAGAAGUAUCAUUACAUACAGAUUUAAGUGGAUAUGAACAUUUGGUAGAAAAAGAGAUCAAUAAUAAAGCGAUUACAAAGAACGAAUGUGAAGAUAUGAUAAAAAAUAAGUAUUGUGAAUUUGGAAGAAUGAAAAAAGGAGACCAUUCUUAUUUAACAAAUAACAAAAUUGAAGUUGAUUAUCCUAAUAGAUUUACUAGUUUAUUCAGAUCAAAACGAUAUUUAAAGGAAAAUUGCAUAUUAAUUGAAACAAAAAUUUUUUCUCAUUAUGAUCAAAAAUAUCCUACAAAUGUACUUGCUGAUAUGACAAAAUGCAAUUAUCUAUCUGGAAGUUGUCAAUUAAAGUCAAAUGAAAUAAUGUUGUGGGAUGUGAAUAAAGACCAAAAUUGUAAAUUUAUAUCAAUUGGAAAAUUUGAUGGAUUUUUGAAUGACAACCUCUGGAUAAAUAAUGAAAAUCAAAUUGCUCUAAACUUGCAAAGAAAUAAAACAGCUACAGAUUGUAAUAAUCAAUUAUAUUUAAGUUCAGAGGGCUUUGCAUUUUGUAAAGAAAUUGAUGCAAAUAUGAUAGAAUAUGUUGAUUUGUCUCACUUUGAUGGCUACAAGCUAAGCUUGGCGUUAACAAAAGGACAGAUUCCUAUAAGAAUAAAGAAAUAUAGAGAUAAGAUUUGGUAUUACAAAAAUGAUAUUAUUUCAAAUAAACUUCAAUUAAGCGAUCAAAAUAUUAACCAAAUUAAAGAAGAUAAAAAUGUAACAACACUUAAAAAUAUUAAACACUAUAAUUUGAAGUUUUUGAAUAAAAAAGACUUUUUUGGUGGAUAUUAUAUUUACAUAUGGAGAAUUUAUGUUUCUAUAGGUGUAACUGUUUUUUAUGUCUUUAUUAUACGAACAAUUUGGUUAGUACUUUCCCCCAAAUUUUUAGUUGGUCAAAAUAAAAGUAAGAUGAAAAAAGUUUCACUUUCCGAUGUAGCAAUUGAACUUUUUCCACUUAAUCAAAGAAAUAAUUUAAUAGAAUCAAGUUCUAAAGGAAUUACAACAUCCAGACACUCCAUUGUAGUAGACUAA